AACCCCCCCUCUCUCUCUCUCUCUCUCUCUCUUUCGCUUUCUCACUCCGCCAACUCAAGAGAGAAAAAGUAGUCAUUUUUUUCGUGUCUUGCUCAGCCUUCUCACCUCUGAAACGCACCAGGAAAGAGAGAUAAGGAUAGAGUCUAGAGAAAAAGCAGGAGGAGAAGAUUAGAAGAAGAAGAAGAAGAAGAUCAAUGAAAUCAAUGGGUGUUGGUCCUUUCAAAGACCAAACUUACUCCCUCACCAAGAAGCUCUUACCAUGGACAAUCUAUGCCAUCUUCCCCUUAGCCAUCUUUCGCCUUUACUUUUACCCUCUCCAACUCCCUCAAUCUUCCACAGAUCAGCUCCCCAACACCUCCUCCAUAACCGUAACCAUCACCUCCUCCUCCUCUUCUCCUACUCAUAUUUCUUCUUCCAAAGAACAGGAAAGAGCUGAUGACACUCCAUGCGACUACACCAUUGGCAAAUGGGUCCAUGACAAGUCGGGCCCUUUAUACAAUGGGACAACCUGCGGUGCCAUCAAGGACGGCCAGAAUUGUAUCAAUCAUGGCAGGCCUGACCUGGACUACCUCCAUUGGAGGUGGAAACCCAAGCAAUGCGACCUACAAAGGUUUGAACCAAACACUUUUCUUCAACUCAUUAGGAACAAGCAUAUAGCAUUUGUGGGUGACUCCAUGGCUAGGAACCAAUUAGAGUCUCUUCUUUGCAUGCUAGCCACUGCCUCUUUGCCAAACCUUGUCUACAAAGACAGCGAGGAGAACAAGUUUCGUAGGUGGCAUUUCCCUUCUCAUAAUGCAAAUCUAUCAGUCUACUGGUCACCAUUUCUCGUAAAAGGUAUUGAAAAAUCCCAACAAGGGCCUAAUUACAACAAAUUGUAUUUAGAUCAUGUUGAUGAAAGGUGGGCAAGUGAGUUGGAUCAUAUAGACAUGAUUGUUUUUUCUGUUGGGCAUUGGUUUCUGCACCCGGCGGUGUACUUCGAGGGUGACUCAGUUUUAGGCUGCCACUACUGCCCUGGUCUCAAUCACACAGAGAUUGGGUUUUAUGAUGUUUUAAGGAAGAGUUUAAGGACUACCCUUAAGACCAUAACUGAAAGGAGAGGGUCUAAAUCUAAUGGUAAUGGAAUUGAUGUAAUUGUGACUACAUUUUCGCCUUCCCAUUUUGAAGGUGAUUGGGAUAAGGCCGGGGCUUGUCCAAAGAAAAAGCCUUACAGCGAGGGUGAGAAGCAGCUUGAAGGAAUGGAUGCAGAGAUGAGAAAAAGUCAGGUAGAAGAAGUGGAAGCGGCAAAGGAGAAUGCUAAGCAAUUUGCAGGGUGUAGAGUAGAGGCUCUGGACGUGACCAAGUUGUCGUUAAUGCGGCCGGAUGGUCACCCAGGGCCAUACAUGCAUCCUUUUCCAUUUGCUAAUGGGGUGGCAGAACGUGUCCAGAAUGAUUGUGUGCAUUGGUGCUUGCCAGGGCCCAUAGACACAUGGAAUGAAAUUUUGCUGCAAGUAUUGAAGAAAUGGGAGGGUCCAUCAAGGAGAGGAGAAUGAGUUAUUGCGAUGUCAAAUUGGUAAAUGGUAAGGCUGGUUUAUCUUUUGGAUGUUUCUCUCAGUUUGGGUGGUGCUGAGAGAAGAGGAGAGAAAUCGUUGGUUUCUCCUACAGAAAGACAGAAAAUGAGAAGAUUAGGAGGGAGAGAGAUAAUUGGUGAAGUGAAUUGAGAAGAGACAGAUCGAUAUCACAUAAUGGGACCAAAGACAAGGAUUUUUUGGAAGAAUGUUUUUAUUCUGUGUGAAUGUACAAAUGUUUUUCAAUAUGAAAGUUGUAUUGGCAGUUCUUUUGUUUCUGUAUAGAUCCAGAAGGUAAAGUUUGGCCACAUUCCCAGCAACAUGCUAGCCUUGAACCCUUCAAUUCUGUUUUCCGAGGAGUUUGUUUGUAUGUAGGUUUCUUCCAUCUUGCUUCACUUCAACUUUUAUCUUUUCCUAUCUU